AAUUACGGAAUUAUGGCAAGUCUGCGGGACUUGUUGAGACUAGAAAGCGUAAAUUAAAACUGAUUUCACCACAGUCACUUUUAGUAAAAGGUAAUAAGUAUUUGGCUUGCCAGGAUAAACAGUUUUAUCGACAGUCCAGACCUAAGGAGACAGAGAAAAAGAGAUUGAGUAGUGAUGCUGAAAUCGAUGACAAAAAUGCAGGUAUGGCAACAAAGCAAAGUGGACACAAGCUAGGGGAUCAGACUUCUCUUCCAGGUCAGAUGAACAGAACCGAGAAAAUGGAGAGGCCAAAACAGCAAGAACCCCAGAGACUGGAGAUUAUGGAUGUAGAAAAAGGGUAUAUGGGCAGUUCUGAAACGAAAGAUACUGAAACGAAUGACCAUCCUGUUGCCGGGUUAGUGCCACAGUCAAAUUUGCAAGAGAAUGUCAAUGCUCAGCCUACCAUGCCAUGUACUCAUUAUGAUCAUAAAGAUGAUGAUGACUUGUUUUUAGCACAGGCUGAUCCAAUUGAUAUGGAUUUGUGCUCACAGUUGGAGACUGAUAUACAUGUAGGCAAACCUCAACAUAUGUGUUCGUCCAGUGCGGUUGAUCAUUCGACAUCGGUUCCCCAGCAAAUGGAUGUAUCAAAGUGUCGUUUUCAGGACUGCACCGAGUUUGUCACAGUUUCUGGUGAUAAGUGUCCUAUACAUUCUGCUGCUGAGAAAAAAGAGGAUCACAUGUUUGCCCGCCCUGGUUUGCCUCCUUCUCUUCAAAAACUAUCCAGACCUUCCACUGCUAAAGUUUAUAGUUCUGGGACAACCUCUCGAACUGCUAGCCUUACAAAAGAUCUUGAAAGUCUCCCAAAGCACCUACCUACUGCAAAAGCUAAAUCUCAGUCUCUAAAACCAUCAGUGCCUAGACCAACUGUGCAACCUCCUGCCCAAAACAAGACCCCAGUGUAUCCGAGUACAAGCAAUGUGCUCAAACCUCUGAUCAACCAAAACAACAUCCCCAUACAGUGCAGUUCUAAAUCUGUUCAAGGGACCAGAAUGAAUCAUGCUGCAAUCCGAACACCACAGUUGCCAUUGUUAAAAGUACCGCUCAGGUUUUCAGAUUACGAAGAGUACUUCAGUGUCUUUUGCCCAUUGAUGCUUCUGAACACGUUUGAAUCGGUAAGAGAUUUUGUAUUUUUUAUACAAUAAGUUAAUUUCGGAAUGUGCCCCUAAGUUAUACUGCUGUCUAUAAGAAAUUGGACACUAGCCUCAAACUUUUUAGCCAGAAAAAGCCCUUCCCACUAGCUCCCAGUUUUUGUCAGUCAGUCUUCUUUUUUUUUUUCUUCUCUCUGC